AUCGAUUAGCGGCGGGCAAUAGAAGCGAUCGAGUGGACAGAUACGACCAGCGUGCUUCGAACGAAUGCAAGCACUGACCUCGAAGUGCGGCUAUCGUGAGCUUUUGUGGAAGGUCAUGUCUGCUCGCGUCAGGAGUAGCUACGUCGACCCUAGUCUGCAUACACGACAAUCAACGUGCUACCAGAUGCGCUGGGGUUAGAAGAGGAUAUUUCGGAGGUGUCCGGCUGGCGUGCGACCAGAGUGAGUGAGGAUAUAUAGUCCUAUCUUUGGACGUCUCUGAAAGAAUAGGCCGAAUCAUUGGAUUCCAGUCCCAUCUUCCUUCGUUUCACCGGAAGUCUCUCGCUGUUCCACCUUUCGAUAUCAUGAAGUUCCUUUCAGGCCUUCUCUUUGCCGCCUCCGUUGCGUUUGCUCUGCCCACAAGUGUCGUCGAUGCUUCUGCUGAGAGCGCCGUAAUCGCCGAGAGGGCGUGCUACGUCCAGUGCGGAUCCAAAUGCUAUACCUCCUCCCAGGUAUCUGCUGCACGCAGCGCCGCCUACCAAUACCUUCAGUCAGGGGACACUGCCGGUAGCAGCACGUACCCCCACAAGUACAACAACUAUGAAGGUUUCGACUUCCUGGUAUCAGGAACUUACUACGAGUUCCCGCUCUUGACCAGUGGCACAUACUCUGGUGGUUCGCCCGGUGCUGACCGUGUGGUCAUCAAUUCCAGUGGACAGCGUGCUGGAGAGAUCACGCACACAGGCGCGAGCGGAAAUAACUUUGUCGCGUGCUCAGGAUGGUAGAGCAGUAGUGAUAGUCGUAACGUUGGAAGCUAAUCCACAAUAAUAUGAAAUGAAGUGAUCUUCCAAAAUUCAACAAUCGUAGUUACGUGAAUAAGCCAACUCUUCCAUUCCCCGAUCCAGCUGUGUGACAAGCAAAGGCGAUAGUUAUCAAUUGGCGGGUUUAUGAUGGCGAUCGCAAGUCGCUGACUGAGAUAGUCGUGCAGUGUGGUCCAAGGGCGCC